AUGGAAUUUGAGAAGGUUCCAAAUUACUUGAAUAGUUUAAAACAACAAAUAAACCAAACCCUAAAGGAUUCCUCACAUGUCGAUAAAUUCCUACUCUCUUACAACACAUUAUCCGAAAUUAGCCAACACAUUCCAAAAUUGGCUGUGACUCCAAGAUAUUCUAAAGUCAUCUACGACUUGUUCGAAUUAUUUAUUGCCUCGGUAGAGGAUGAGGAGAAUUUAGAGGAAAAGAGAGGCUUAUGCCUGGUAAUCUUGACGAAUAUGUACAUUAAGUGUGAUUUUAUAAAGGCUUGUAAGGACCCAGUUGGCUCCUCUGUGUAUCAAAAUAGCCUAAACUGCAUGACAGCGUUCAAAUUUAACCAUGAUUUUGAUCAAAUUCUAAUACACAUUACCAAGAAAAUUGAAGAAUGUUUAUAUGAGAUGUUUUAUCAUAGUUCGGGCUCACAUUACUUGAGGAGUUUAAUACUUGCACUCGUUGGUGUCCAAGAUCGUAAUCAGUACUACUCCAAAAGUAAUAAUUUCGACAAUCUAACCGUUCCAGAGGUGGCGGACUGGCGUGUGAGGGUAUUAACGAGUUGGAGUGAGAUAUUGUUUAAAGAUUUUAAGAAUUUACUCUUGAAUACUCAAGCUUCUUCUACCUUCUGCCUACACAUCAACAUUCUCAAAAUCGCAAAUCUACUGGAUAGAAAAUAUUUAAUGGGAGUGAUAAAGGAGUGUAUACCAGUGGUUCGGAGUGUGAAGAACUCAAGUUAUAUCCUAGAGGCAUGUCUUAAAUGUUCAACCAACUAUGAAUACACUUACAUCUUCAAUGAGCUUAUCUCGAACGAGUUUCAAACACUCUGUGAAAACAACUACUCAAACUACGUCGUACAAGCCUUCAUCGAAAACCCACACUUCCAAUCCUCACACCUACAAUACAUGAUUCACAAUAUGAAUAUUGUGUCAUUGAUGAAUGGGAGGAGUUCCAGUAUAUUGUGGAAGUUGUGUAAGUCGUGUAUAGACUUGUACUCAUGCCAGGAGUUAUUUUAUAGGAAAAUAAUAUAUGAUUUUAAAAUUGAAAAGAAUGAGGAGAUCUGGUACACAGUCUUGUCAGCCGGGAGAACCAGAGAUGAUAUACACAUUAAACCGGCCGGAUGUUCAGUGCUGGGGUACCUUGUCAAGUUCCAAAAAUCCAUAAUCUCAGACCUAGUUUCCUCGUUUAAACCCUUUUUUAAACAUGUAAUUGACAGCGGGAAGUUUAUUGAGGUAACUUGUGAUAAACAUUUCUCAAGGGUACUUCAAAACAUGUUUGAUCCCAGACUUUCACUCAUACAAGAUAAGUUCUGUAAAUCGCUUCUCGCAACGUUUGAGUCUAAUUGUGUAGCAUUGUCGGUUAAUAUGAACGGAUGUUAUGUGUUGUAUAAUUAUUUUUUACUAUUGAAGCCGGAGGAUAAGUUUAAGAUUUUGUCAAAGGUUGUGGAGGAUUAUGAGGAAAUUAAGUUAAAAUCGCCCAAAUAUUGUAAACUAAUGAAUUUGUCAGAGUUUAAAGCGAAUCCCAAGUUGUUCCAAAAGAAAUUGGAGAAAUCUGAUUCCGUACGAGAACUCUUCAAAGAUAUACUUCAAACUUAA